CGUAACUAACUUGGCAAGUAAGCAAGUCAGAAGCAGCCGGCCAACCGAACAGGUCACUUCACGCCAUUAUCUUCUUCUUCGCAAUCGCAAGGACUCUCACCGGAGCUCGAGCAAGAUUGGCAGGUAGAGGUCCUGCCGCCUGUUUCUGAUCCUCCCAAGAAUUCGACGCUGGUAGCUCUCAGGAUGUACGCCGAAUUCCUGACGAAAGCGCUCACGGUGCUGUUCGGGUAUGCCUUGCCGGCGUUGGAGUGCUUCAAGGCGAUCGAGCAGCGGCCUGGCCGGACAGACCAGCUUCGGUUCUGGUGCCAGUACUGGAUCAUACUAGUCAUCCUACUCAUAUUCGAUGACAUCGCUGGCGUCCUGACCUCCAAGAUUCCAAUGUACUCCGAACUCAAGCUGGCUUUCCUCGUCUACCUGUGGUACCCCCAGACAAGGGGGACUGACAUCGUGUACGAGACCUUCCUGCGGCCGCUGGUGAUGCAGUACGAACCCAACAUCGAGGAGCGGCUGCGCUACCUGCGUGCCAACGCCGGCGACAUCCUCAUCUUCUACCUCAAGAACUUCACCGAGAGGGGCUACGAUCUCUUCCUCCGAGCGAUGGAAUACAUCAGGUCCCAGGCGUCACGAGGCUCAAGAACGAGGCGGUGGUUCUCGUUCGGAGGCGACCGGGCAGAGAGGCCAGUCUAUGUUGAUGACUACGUCGCCGGCGGUGGCGAUCGGAGGAGCACGGCGAGGCACCGGCGACACCGCGACGAUUACUAGCCCGCGCGCCAUAGGAUAUACUGAUCAGGUGCACAGAAUUGGAGACUAGCCGAUUUUAGGAGUGACAAAAAAAAAACCCAAACAAAACAAAAGAUGUUGUA